AUGGAGCCAAUCUGUUCUUUCUCUGAGCUUGCAAAGUCGUGUUGUGGAGAAUUUCGUAAAUCGCCAAAGAUAGUGCGUAAAUUACUUGAAUAUAAACAUGACAUACCAGGUCAUUCGCAAGUAUGUCGCCUUUCCAGUCUGGUUGGAAAAAUCGAGAAAUAUGAGCUAAUUCUUGUAAGGGCGGGAAUAUUUGAUUUCCCGCCAAAAAAGCUGGAAAAUAUGUGGAUUUGUCCGAAGCACCGGUACAACUUGGGUCGUAAUUGGCGUCCUCUAAGAACGUGUCAGUACCCUCUACACUCUGGGGUAAAAAAGCGCUGCAGAAUAUCGACCUCGUAACUCCACAGAUGUCUAGGCAUGCGCAAAAAAUUUUUGGCAUAACGGUUCCAAUAGGUUCAGGAAAAAUUAAUUUGGGUGAUGUUCUGACACAUUUACUAAUCUAAAUUAAUGUAGAGUAAAAAGACAGAGGGAUCUUGCCUAAGGCGCUAGCCACAUGCACGUGCAGGUUUGAAGAUUUCUUUCAGUGCGUUUGGCAAAUAUUGCAAUAGAAGGAAAUGUGUAAUGAUAUAUUUUCUUCUGUACAGCUGUUUGUUCUUCUUGUCUUAAAAACAUACGAAGAAGUUCGAGGAAAACCAAGGAUGGAUAGAAUUAGAAGAUCAAGAAAAAGAUAAAAUGACAGCAGCUUGUCUUAACGACCAAUCACGGUGAGACGUGCUUCACUUGAAUAAAACCCCUGAAUAAUUGGAACAGUAAUUUCACUUAACUUAAACAAGCAAGUUACGUUUUUAUAGGAUAGACAUAAAUGUAUGUACAUCUGGCUUCUUAGGCUUGCUAAAAAAGACGCUGAAAUGACCACGAGCAACGUCAAACACUGGGAAGGCACCCCAGUUGCAGCAAAGACUAUGUAUGUAUCAGCUGACUGGACUCUAGGACAAUGGACGGGCGAAGACAGUGGAGAUUCUGAAGAAGUUGCCGCCCAGGUGGAGAAGAGAACGAUUCGCCGAUGUUCCAAUACACUGAAGAAUUAUUUAGUUUGUCGGAGAAAGUUAAAGUUGGAAAUUUCACCCCUUUGACAUUUCAAUUAAAUACAUCGUGGGAGGAAGCAACACAGGAGGAAAAGGAAAUCUGCAUUGAUAAAGCCAUGGAAGGAUGCAAGAUCGUAUGCGAAGUAGUAGCACCAAAGUCUGGAGAUAAACGUUUGCAAUCGUGUGUGCAGUUACCCGACCAAAAGACUGAAACUGUUUUGGAUGAGCUGGUUACCCUUAUGCAAGCGCACAAAAAUGCUCCAACCAGAAAUUUAAAAACACAAUUUUUGAGUCUUUAUGCUCACCAGUAUUCCGCGCAAAACUGAAAAAGCUACAUGAACCGUACGAACGCAUAACUGAUUGGCAAAUCAAGAGAGCACGAGCUCACGCCCGUGAAUGUGGACCAGGUUUUGCCGUUGAGAAGUCCACAUCUCAUCGUGUACGACUGAACAAAGUUCAAGUAGACCACUUUAUUGAUUUCAUCAACAAACCUUUCUUUUACCAAGAUGUGGCAUACGGAACUAGAACAUUUCAGAUGGAUAGUGGUGCAACGUUAAAGAUGCCUAAUGUAAUCCGCACUGUAACCCGCUCAACCAUGAUUGACCAGUAUUUGAUGUUCUGCAAAGAAGAGAAUGUGGAGCCACUGGGUCGCACAACGUUGUUUCGGAUCCUCCAAGUAAGAGAAGCUUUCAAGCAAAAGUCUUUGUGUGGUGUCGACAAUACAGCAGCGGAUGGCUCAGCAGGUUUUGAGAAACUUUGUAAAAUUGUGGAUGAUCUACAGGAACUACGGCAAGAUGAUAAUUGGUCAAAAGCUAUAAAGAAGUCUCUCCUAGACGGUAAACGUUAUUUAAAAACGCAAUACCGUAAUCAUUGCCGGGAAUCCGAGAGCCCUUGUCCUGAUCAUUGCUUGAAGUUCGGGCUUAGUGAUCCUAAAAAUGCAGACUUGAAUGAAACGUGCGCACAUGAACAUACAACACGUUGUAACCAAUGUGAUAACAUUUCUACAUGCAUGAACAAUAUAUAG